AUGUACCCACUCCAGCCCCACGGCGCACGACAUAAGGCGCGACCGGCGAUCUCAAGGUCCACGGAGAUCGUAUCCCCCGCCCCCACGGGCCCACAUUUCGUUGACCUUUACAUCUUUCCUCCCUGUGUCACCGUCGGUGUUUCUUGGAAUAAAUUCGAAUUUCGUAGCCGGGACAGUAAAAAGCCUUGGUCAAAGAUGGAGAAGAAGAACAUAUCGAGUGAUACGCUCACUGGACUUGACUAUCUAUUGAAAUUAAGAAUACCCGUUUGCUUACUCACCUUGGCUACUGGACUGGCAGUUUUUGCACUAGGGUUCAAAGCAAAUCACAUUCUGGGAAAUGAUCGAAAACGUGUGUCGGAUACGGCUUCCGGCAUCAAGCUUGACUCGAAAGCGCUCCUCAAUCUUACGCGGACGAGCCUUAUCCUGAGCGCAAGUCUUGUCAUAAACACCCUUUUCCUAGCCGUGCUGUUGGCGCUAAGAUGGCAUCAUCCGAACCCUGCCAAAAACGAUCAUUUUCUUCAAAAGAUUCGACCCAUCAUCAAGCUAAUUUUGGAGGGCCAGUUUUUCGUCGUCUGCGCUGUCUUUUCCUUCAUGGUCACGUUGCUCAGCAAUGCAAACACGAAGUUCGAGCCGAUGCCGAAAAACUUGCCUGAAUUUCGAUUGGCCCGCGGAAUACCUGAUCGUUACAUCGAGAAUCACUACGUCGUGGCUUUGGUGGGCACAGCUUGGGUUUUUACUUCUGGAUACCUCAUUGGUUUUAUUCUUGAGGGAUGGACUCUGGUACGGUAUAAGCGCUUCAAAAAAUUAAUUUUUAUAGAAAAUUAG